GAGAAUCUACCUUCGACUUCAAGAUCUUGUUGUACCUUGUCGUGCUUUUUUAUAUGUUAUGCAGAUCUGAAAUUGAUCAAAUAUUAUUGAAAUUCGACGCCGAUCAUAGAAUACCAUCAUGGCUUGCCUGGUUGACGAUUGACCUAACAUGAACCCUUCCCCCUUGACCCGUCCAAACAAGCUGCUAUCUCGCAGAAUAUCCAUAAGCAGCAUAUCGUGAACUGCGCAUACUCCUUCUUCUCUUUCUAGACCUUACACUAUCUCUUGGGCCAUGCAAUAGAGUCUCUAUUUUUAAGGGCCUUACGUUCGAUAAAUCUUCAAUUACUCUAGAAUCAUGACAGCCCCCCUCUCGAUAUCCGGAAAAGGAACCCACCGGACGAUAAGACCACACAAAAAAUCACGUCGUGGAUGUGGAAACUGUAAGUUGAGAAAAGUCAAGUGUGAUGAGGAUAGACCAAAGUGUAAACGGUGUGCAGAAUUCAAUGUUCUCUGCAAUUACGACAACCAAACUUCAGCACUUCAACUACUUAAGAAGUCUUUUACCUUCGAGACUCUUCAGCAAAGACUUCCCUAUUCAUUAAACCAAACAGUCCCAAGCUUUAUUAGUUCGCGGCUGAGAACUCCCGGAAAGAUUGAUGUAUACGAUUUGAGCGACCAAGAACAUUUGGAGUUAUUGAAUAAGUUUCAAACGAGAACUGUUUACUCUAUAACAACGAGUAGGAAUCUUCAGAUAUAUCAAAAUGAGUUCAUCAAGCUAUCAUGUCUGCAUCCAUACUUGAUGCACGCUCUACUCACAUUUACGCUAAUGCAUGACCGACACAUCUCUAUUGAGCACAGUAUAAGAAUGUCUUCUCGAGAAGCCUUUCAUUGGUGUCAAAGUGUAUCAUUAUUCAGCAAAAAAUUGGCAUCCGGAGCAAUUGAAUCUUCAUCAGAACGCGAUGCUUUAUGGGCAACUUCCGUUCUUCUUGGCAUAAUUGCAUUUUGCAAUAUUGAAGCAGCGAGUCCAGAAGAAGCUUGGCCUUUGAAACCACCUUCAUCUCUAGAUCUGAAUUGGUUAACGAUGAGCUAUGGGAAGUCUGAAAUUUGGAAAUUGGGUCUGGACCAAAGUGCGAGCGCAUUUAAGACAUUGAUGGCACCCCCUUUUGAAACUUUAUCACAAUUCUCUUACAUUCGUCUUGAGACAUUGCCCCAAGCUUUCGUCACACUUCUGAAUUUGUAUCCCAGCUCCAAACCACAUGAUAACCCCUAUCAUCUUGCGGCAUCCUUAUUAUCGGAUAUUAUCGAUCUUGAUGAUCCUAUUACCGUAAUUCUGAAGUUUUGGACCUUUGUCAGCAGUAUGCAUCCGCAAUACAAAAGAUUACUCUUGCAAAAAGAACCUCGCGUUCUCUUGUUACAAGCCUAUUGGCUUGGAAAAGUUUGCCAAUUUCCACAUUGGUGGAUUUGGAGGCGUGUAUCACUGGAGUGUCAGGCUAUCUGCAUAUAUUUGGAAACUUUUCACAAACAUGAAUUGGAUAUUCAGACACUUCUAGUCUACCCAAAGAUGGUGUCUGGGCUGACUUCUUACUGAAUUAUGAGUUGAGGUGGCUUCACUAAUCUAUUUUUAGAGAUUCUGAGAGUCAUCCUGACUGUGUUUGUGACGCAUAGAUGUCGAUGGUCAUGUGUUGCCACCCAUACUAUUAAUUAAUAUUCUUCAAUCACCACGAUAG